CCCAGCCGCAGUCUGAAUGAGAGAUUUGAAACAGGAGAAAAACACUACGGCGCCCUGCAAAGAGCUUCCAGCCCUGGAUGCUGCUGCUGGAGCCUCUCGGGGGGGAAUGUGGUGCUGAUGUGAUUCAGGACCGCUAAAAGAGAAACGAGCCGCAUCUCGGUGCCAGAUGGACUUUCUAAAUCCGCCAUCCGCAGUUAUACCCAAGUAAAAUGGAGGAUAGUUUUGAUUGCGACUGUGGCGAACUUGAGCCACCUGAUCACUGAGGGUGAAAGAUUACUUUAAAGACUUCAAGGCCAGACUCAUUUCAGUUUUAUAGAUCAGGUGACACGAGGAGAAAACUAACCAGACAGAUUUAAACGUUUAAAAACACACAAAAAAAUAGUGCGAUCAGGCACAUUUCAUAUGAAGCUGCUCAGGACCAGUCAUACACUGAAUGUAUCUGCACUGUGAGGAUGCAACCGCAUGCUUUUAUAGUUUAACAUAGUCUCAGUGCUUUUUAAUUGGCCUCAAAGUUCAUUCCAUCGCAGUCUCUAAACACUAGUUUACUGUUCAGUUAAAUAUAUCCACACACACACAGGAUCAGAGGGGAAUUCAGCUUUUCAGAUUUCUCUCCUUUAUUCAAGAUGGAAAGAAAGUUUGACUACGCAUUAGUGUCCCGCAUCUGACGGUGACGGCGAGACAGGGGGGCUCGGUAGUCAUCUGUACAGGGAUCAGUCAGCUCGGCCUCUAAAGCAGAGGAAGAAUUGUUUGAUAAAUUCCUCUGCAGCCGUUAAAGUUGGGCUUGAAACAGGCCAGAAAUCAUACGUUAAAAGUAGCAGAAGUGUGGUGUAAAAGCCUAAACAAAACAGUCGUAAUGGCAGAGAAGUUUGAGUCCCUAAUGAACAUCCACGGCUUCGACCUGGGCUCUCGCUACAUGGACUUGAAGCCUCUGGGCUACGGAGGGAACGGCCUAGUCUUCUCAGCAGUAGACACCGACUGCGACAAGCGUGUUGCCGUGAAGAAAAUCAUCUUGACCGACCCCCAGAGUGUGAAGCAUGCACUGCGGGAAAUCAAGAUUAUCAGACGCCUGGACCAUGACAACAUUGUUAAGGUGUUUGAGACAUUAGGUCCCAGCGGUCGCAGACUGACGGAGGACGUGGUGUCCCUGACAGAGGUCAACUCAGUCUACAUUGUGCAAGAAUACAUGGAGACGGACUUGUGUCAGCUGCUGGAGAGAGGUCUCCUGUCUGAGGGCCACGCCAGGCUCUUCAUGUACCAGCUCCUCAGGGGCCUCAAGUAUAUCCACUCUGCCAACGUGCUGCACCGCGACCUCAAGCCAGCCAACCUGUUCGUCAACACAGAAGACCUGGUUCUCAAGAUCGGGGACUUUGGCCUGGCCCGCAUCAUGGACCCCCACUACUCUCACAAGGGUCAUCUCUCUGAAGGUCUUGUCACAAAGUGGUACAGAUCUCCUCGGCUGCUGCUCUCUCCUAACAACUACACCAAAGCCAUCGACAUGUGGGCUGCUGGCUGCAUCUUUGCUGAGAUGCUCACAGGGAAAACUCUGUUUGCAGGAGCCCAUGAACUGGAGCAGAUGCAGUUGAUCUUGGAGUCCAUUCCUGUACUACGAGAGGAGGACCGACAGGAACUCCACAGCGUCAUCCCCGUCUUCAUCCGUAACGACAUGUCCAAGCCUCACACCCCACUGGCCAAGCUGCUGCCUGAUGUCAGUCCACAGGCCCUGGAUUUUCUGGAGAAGAUCCUGACCUUUAACCCCAUGGAUCGUCUGACUGCCGAGGAGGCCCUGGCCCACCCCUAUAUGGCUGACUACUCCUUCCCCCUGGAUGAGCCUGUCUCGCUGCACCCUUUCCACAUUGAGGAUGAAGUAGAUGAUAUCCUGCUUAUGGACCAGAGCCACAGCCACACCUGGGAAAGGUACCAUGAGAGCCAGCUCUCAGAGGCUGAUUGGCACCUGCACAGCACUCAUGACCCAGACGAAGUUCAGGUCGAUCCCAGAGCACUCUCUGAUGUAACAGACGAGGAGGAGGUCCAGGUGGAUCCUCGUAAAUAUGCUGAUGGAGAUCGGGAGAAGUUCCUGGAUGAGCCGUCCUUCGACUAUUCAACUCUGUUCCCAACGGAGCGAUCCUGGCAGGACGACCACCACGAGAACAAGUACUGUGACUUGCAGUGUAGCCACACCUGUAACUACAAGGCCGUGUCACCCUCCUACCUGGACAACCUCAUCUGGAGGGACAGUGAAGUCAACCACUACUAUGAGCCCAAGCUCAUCAUCGACCUCUCCAACUGGAAGGAGCAGCAGAGCAAGGAGAAGGCCGACCGCAAGGCCAAGAGCAAGUGUGAGAAGAACGGUCUUGUGAAGGCCCAGAUCGCACUGCAGGAGGCAGAGAAGACCCAGAGUCCGGUGGAGAAGGACAAGACACAAGAGAAACACCAGACAGAGAAGCCUCAGAGCCAGCAGAACCAAGGCUUUGACUUUGACUCCUUCAUCGCCAGCACCAUUAAACUGAGCCUGCAGCCGGAGCCCUGUCAGGAGGUGACCCUGCUCAGCGAGGUGGGCCUCCUGAACGAGCUCAACUCUUCCGUCUCCCAGCUGGAGGCUCCCCGCUCAAGCUCCAUGUCCAAGUCCAUAAGUCAGGAGAAAGAGGAGAAGUGCCUGGUAAACCUCGCCCAGUUAGGUGGAGGAGGGUUGGGCGUCGUCGGUGGGGACUGCGUCUGGCCUGCUCACCCCUGGGAGAGCUUCGGCUCCGGGGAGAGAGUCGGGGAGAACGGCUGUUUGAUAGAUGAAGCGUGCUGGGACAUUCGCAAAGAGGACCACUUCCAGAAGGAGAGCACUUACACCAGCUACCUGGACCGCUUGUUCAGCCGGAAGGAGGAGGGCGUUGCAGAGACUGUGGCCGGUCCAGAGACGGAGCCCUCGGUCGUGAGCGAGCUGGACGAGAGCUUCCUCGACAGUAACACAGAGAUUGUGCUUAAUAUGCAGCUGGACUCUCUGGCCCUGCCCGGCUUUGACAGCACCGAUGACUUGCCUCUAAAAUCCAUCCAGGCGUCCCUCACCCCCUGCGCUGUCAGAUGCUCCCCACAAAUUGCCCACAAAACAUACAGCAGCAUCUUCAAGCAUCUUAAUUAAAGAAAUAUAUAUAUCCUCCCUCACAGUGCAAAAUCUAGACCGUUUUGUUUUUAUGUUUUUUUUUUUUUUAAAUAUGAUAUAUUAUUGUACUUGAAUCAUUUCAUACCUUUUUUAUUCUGGUUACUUUUAAUUAUUAUAAUUUUUUUGUAAGAGUUGAAAGGGGUGAUUUAUUUAAAGAGUUUUGGUCAUCACUCUGAGCCUUGAUCACCAGGCCUUCAUGGGUUAAUGUCUACGCCCUCAUUGCUAAACUGGCAUGUCACUCGCACAUUUAAGUACUGUAGAUGAAAGGUCAGCAGGAGAGAGGUAGCUAGAAGAAAUGUGAGCAGGAGGAAAGGAUUUAAAAAGAGGAGAUUUGACAUGAGGAAGGAUGGUAGACGCUAACAUUGCUGUGGGCUUUAAAGUGCUUUCAAACAGCCUUUUCCUGGGAUGGGAGAAAAAAAGAGGGGAUGGGGUGUCCUUUUUUUAUUUUUACUUUUUGACUUUCUAACAUUUUCCCCGAAGAAAGCUUCCUUAAUAACCCUUUCAUACUGUAAAUCUGACACAUGAUGCCAGCAGCAACCAUUAUCGUAGGCGUUAAUGUAAAUGUGUUAUCUACCUCAAGGUAACAGCCGCGAGAGACACUCGAAGCCGCACUAGUGCUUUACACACAUGACCAUCCUCAUACCAUGAAAUGAAGUGGUCGCGUAGAUGAAAUCUGUCUCACUUUAGCAUUUAACAUAGUGAGGUGUUUCAGUAAUCAUUAUUUAUUUCUAGCAGAUGUGCGAUAUUUAUUUUAUCAAAAUGUGUUAUUUCAAUGUGAUUAUUGAAGAUUGAGGAGUUGGUCAGACUUCCAUUUUCAUUUCGGCACUAUAUGGGCGUGCAAGUGUUCCUUUUGGUUUAAGGUAGGAUGCAAAUUCAUGUGUUCUGUUCUAAAAGAAGUUGAGGCUUUCCAUUUUCCAUCAAUAUUGUUAUAAUGGAUAUCAUUCUUUUUUUGUCCACUUUGUUUUUUUAUUUAUAGGUGCGAUCUGUCUUUAGUGGAUAAACUCUUUUAUGGUUUAAAGAAGCGCCUAUGAGUCUUAAUUUUUUUUUAUCUAAUUGUAAAAACAAAUUGCGUGCAUGGAGGCAAGAGAAAGGUACAUAGUUGCCUAAAAGUUCAUUCUCCUCAGAAAAAAGACUGAAUACACAGUCAAAUCAACUUUUCAAUAACCAGUAUUUCCCCCUUUCACUUUGAUCACAGCUUUCAGUCUUUCAGGCGUGGAAUGUACGAGGUUCUUGAGUGUGGGUGGUUCUAUCUUCCCCCACUCCCACACAGCCCAAAGGUUGAGCUGUUUCAUGGUGGUAGGUGGUGGACUGGUAAAGAUGUUCCCCAACAGUUCUCAGUCGGGGAGAUUGGUGGCCGUUCCUCCUUAAAGCCAGGUAGAAGCUCAGAACACCAUCGCUGAGUCAUAAAGGCAGCGUGAGCAGAGGCACCAUCUUGCAUAAAUACCAAUUCCGAGCAUCUCUUAAACGUUUUCCGUUCAGUCACAGGCCCUGGGACCUGACGGUUUGACCAGACAAAACCAAACAGCACCUGACUGACCAGGUGUAACCCAACAAUGUGUAACACGUUGUCCAGUGGGGAGAAGGAACUUUUGGGACAUUAGAUUGUACAUUAAAAGUAAAGUCAAUGGUGAGUAUAAUGUACGUCAGUUUUAAUUGUACAUUUUUUGUUAAAUUUCUAUGUACUUUUUCCAGGCAAGCAUGAUGAAUUAGGUUAAGGUGUAGCAUGUAGAACACUUAGGACUUUUUUUUGUAAUCAUUGGUUCCCCUGUUCUACAAAAUAUCUUAAAAUAAAAAUUACUGGCAACGA